UUUUUGAUUUGAGUCAUAAAGGAAGCCUUCUGAGAUCACUGGUUCUAGUCCAUUGCACCUUAAGUGGUUCCAAGCAACUGCUACGUAGGCCAACAUUAGUCUGCAUUAGUGUUGAAAACCGAUUGUAUAUGACGUUUUCAUCCUUCCUGGUGCGUUGGAACCCCUACAUAAGUGGUCUGGCUCAGGUGGCCACAGAAUGAAGGACCGGGCCAAAAUGCUGAUGUUGCUGUUAGUGUGGGGAUUAUGGUACCUGACAGCGCUGGAAGAGGGAGGUACUGCAUCUGCUGCCUUCUUGUUUCCCAGCGUGGAGAGACAGCUCCAGGACACUAAGAAGUCUGUGGAUGAUAAAAAUGAGAACAGUGUGGACCAGAAUAUUAUGAAGAUUAUGGAGGACAGCCUGGAAAUUCUGGGGAAAGAAACAAUGGAUAUUCCUGUGGAAACCAGCAAGCUGAUUUUAGACUAUCGCAAUGAGAAGAAACGUCAGAAGGUGGAGAAUGCCACACUGUACAGCCAGAAGGAAGUCAUGAAAUUGACAGAUAAUCAUACUGAUAUAUUGUUCUCAGAGGAAAUUAUGACCUCAAUUGAACAGAUGGACACUCAAGGUGAAGAGAAAAAGGAGAAAAUGCCAGAGGCUAGUCAGCAAGAAAAAAGCAUUGAGGAAGACAGACCAAUCACUGAGAACAGGUUCCUGAAUUUGGGUGUCCCCCAGCCAAGACUUCGGCUAUUUUUUAUCUAUCGCUUCCCUCCUCAACUUAAGAGUGAGCAGCAGGUCCCUGAAGCAAACUGGUUAAAGGAAGAGCCAGUCAGUGAUAGGAGGCACAGGCUGCUGGCCAUUCGGAAUGGGCUUUUAGCUGCCCCCCGACCCAUCAAGAAGAAGGCCCUGCUUGUCACCCCGACUCAACCAACCACCCCGAGAAAACGUCGCUUCUUUUUCUUCUGGAGGAAAAUAUAAGACACAAGGAAAGGCACCUGUGUGGGUCAUGGUGUCUGCCUCAGUUUCCUCUUCUCAUAUCUCAAGAGUGGGGGUGGAUCAGAGUGAGAUGGGGGGAAUCUGUUUCUCUUGAAAUAAAAACUCAUUCUCUUUCAGAGUAAAAUCCUGAA